AUGGAAGGACGAGACUAUAACCGGGGGCUUGGCCUCCACGGCUCCCCUGAGAUUCCAAUGACCCCAUCCACAGAAUGGCAUGCCUCCCGCCAGCUCCCCCGGAAACCGAUUCCCCAAACCCCGACUACGCCGGCGCCGAUCGGCAGCCCGCCCGGGCCAUACGGCCGCAGCCCGCCGACACCUACCGCGAAAUCCCCUCAACCAUCUUUCUCCGAACGCGCCGCUGCCGGCGCCGCUGCCUAUUUUCCGACGACACAGACCUUUGGCAACCAUGACCAGCACCAACCGCGGCCGCGGCCGUCGCCGCUACAACUAGACUCGUAUGAGUACUCCAACUACACGCCGUCUCAGUCUGAGUUCAGCACGCCAUACACGGGCGGCUUUCCGCCGAAAAAGCAGGUCCGCAUCGACUCGCACUCGGCCCUCUUGUCCUCACCUCCGUACCAGCCCCCGCCGGGCCGGCCAGAGUCAUACACGUAUCAUCCACCGGGCCACAUUGCAGUCUAUCAGAAAUGGUGGCAUCCGUCAUGGAACAUGUACUUCUUCCUGUUCGCCGGUAUCGCUUUUGCCAUGGGCCACCACUUCUUCUACAAGCAUCUCGAUGGCUCCGAGGCCACAAAUCAGCUCCGUAUGCUCCGCUACGGCGCAGCGCUCUCGUUCCUCAGCAAAGCCAGUCUCGCAUCAGCUGUGAUCCUCGCCUUUCGACAACGCGUGUGGAUGACGGUGCGAAGAAAGAUGCUUACCCUGGCAGCAGUCGAUUCCCUCUUUGCCGCAGCGGAAGAUAUGUCCGCCAUCUUCAAUUUCGAAGUCUUCAAACAGGCUAGAGUCGCGAUGAUCCUCGCUCUUUACAUCUGGUGCACACCCCUCGUGGUAAUUCUUACAUCUGAUACCCUCGGCGUGCGGCCCAAGACCAUGACGCAAGAUGCCAUGUGCCCUAACGUCCGCAAUCUCAAUUUCAAUCAGGAGGAGGACGUCGACUUUCGCGAAGGGAGGAAAAGCAACGGGCUAUUUGUGCUUUCGGUGUCGAUUUGGAACACCACCAGCACCAAUCAAUCCGACUCUGACUUCUUCGAUUACUGGGCUGCUCCAAGUGACCAAUUCGACCAAGUAGCCACCUCGGCUGCUUUCCAAGGGAAACCCAUCGGACGUCUCGAGGCCAGCGACGAGAUCUGCGGCAUCGGCCAUAAUUGCACCUUCAACAUCACCUUCACCGGUCCAGGUUACAAGUGUACCGAACUCGCAAACGGUGUUGACGACACCAUAAAAGACCUCAACGGUGCGAAAUGGCCCACGGAGUAUUUCAAUUUCAGCUCGCUCGCCCCAUCAGGAAACCAUACCUACUACGCGCACGCGUCUGAAGGGGACUAUCUCAACCCUCAGCUGAACGAAACAGAUAUCGGGGGUAUUCCGAAAUACAAACCUAUCCCACCUCAUCUUGGUGUGCUACGCACAGAACCCAUUCUUUGGUUUGGCUAUGCACACGCCGACGAUACGGCUAUUCCUCAACCGGUCAACCCAACCGACGCUGACUGGAAGACAGCGUACACCCCCAAGGCCUUUGGUUGUGAGCACUACGAGACAGAGUAUGAAGUCACUUUCAAUUUCACAAACCAAAUCCAGACUACCAACGUUAGAAGCCGCAAGUUCCUACGUCCAGUCAUCGACACAACAUACGUCCGCGGCGAAGACGAUUUAGACGGGACGCUCGAUAAAGCAACGGCUACCCCCAAAUCAAAUUACAUCUAUCCCACCGACGUUCAGCGCUACCGUAAAGCAAUGGCAUACCAUGCAAUCGGUGCUCGUUUCCGCUACUUCGUCAACGGCACGAUCCAGCAGCCGUUCUACAACGCGAAUACGAAGGCACUCCAGACCAAGUUGAUUGAUCCGCACAACUACCUUGGCGUGAGCAAUUUGAUGGAGCAAGUCCAGUCAUUGUACGAAGACAUCAUCCUCUCACUCUUCAGCAACCCACGAUUCAUCUCCGUCGUAUGGGCCAGCAACAUGUCUGCGCAGACAGGGCCAAACACCGACGAAACCCAAAGGUACCGCUGCACCCGCGAACGAACCGACAUCCGGUACGACUACCACCAAGGCCAGCUCUGGGCCGUCUACUCCGUCGCCAUCUUCCUCGCCAUCAUCGGCGUCGCCUUCGGCGUGGCGGCGGUCUGGGAAGAGGGCCUGGUCCGCAACACCCGGUUCAGCAGCAUCGUCGCAGCAACCCGCGGCCCUGGCCUUGAGAAGCUGCCCUGGGGGAACACGGUGCCCGGCAGCGACCACCGGCCCGUCGCCGGGGCGAGGGUGGGGUACGGCCUAGUGCCGACGGAUCCGCAUGCCGGCGGCUCGACGUACGGCUUCGGGCUCGAGGGUGACGUAAAGCAACGCAGCCGGGAGGAACAGCCGUCGAGGACACCGACGGGGUUAGGAAGCCCCUUUAACCGGGCGAGCAGGAGAUGGUCGAAACUGACCUCAAAUUCGCCGCCGCCGCCUAAUACUUCAGAUGGCAGGUAG